UCAAGCGAAUGGUGGUCUCUGAUGAUUGUCUCGAGCUUAUCGCUUGGUCCUUUAAGAACUUUAGGGUUAUGUCUCUAGUCUUUUUUGAAGGGUUCAGCACUGCCGGGCUUGCUGCCAUUGCAACCAACUGCAGGGUCUUCUUGGUGUUUUUUCGAUCUCUGCAAGGAAGAACAGAGACAAUUGUUGGUCUGUUUUCUGGGGGCUUUGAGGCUUGUUAUACCACACUGCCACAUUCGUUAGCAUCUUUCGAGCGAAAGCAAAAACAAACCGAUGAAGAAUCCAGAAAUGCACAUCACAUCAGACGAGUGAUCUUGAAAGAUCAGAAUGCCACAGUUGAUGCUGUUGUUCAAUCCUUGCUGUCUGAUCGAUUUUGCAGCCAAAUUCAGCUUACAGCUAAGCUCGUCGAUGAUCUACUGCAGAAUUUUGGAGACGAUUGGAAAUCUGCUUUGGGCUUCUUUGAGUGGGUUAGUUCGCGCAAUGGAUACGAACACACACAAUUCGCUCAGAAUAGGAUGGUGGACUUGCUGGGGAAAAUGAGGCAGAUGGGUAGGAUGUGGGACUUAGUGCAGAAAAUGCAUUGCAGAGGUUUCCUUGUUGAAUAUAGUUAGUGGUAUAGGUUUAGU